ACAGGCGACAAGGCCCUUAAAUGACUGAUCAGUUUUAUCGAGCUUACUUCUGGGAAAUUGUUGUUUUCUUUCAAAACUGAUAAUACAUUGAAAAUAUGUCAAAACAGUUAGAAGAAACGAAUUGUGUAGAUAAAGAAGACACUUUGAAAAAGAAUAAAUCUUCUAAAUCAAGACGCGAAACCGCUGUACAAGGUACCAAUGACUGCAGUAUAGUCAGCAAGUGUUCUAUGUCACAGCAAGGUUACUAUGAAGACCCUUACCUGCAGGCAUUUGUUGUUAGAGUCACGAGAAGAGCACCAUUGAUACACAGAGGUUAUUAUGUUAGAGCCAAGGCCUGUGAGUACACUGUGGAAAGGUUCCUGUCCACAAACCCCGGGCCAAAGCAGAUCAUCUCCCUUGGAGCAGGGUUUGACUCGUCCUACUUCAGACUGAAGGCAAAGAACCUGUUGAAAGAGACAGUUCUGUUUGAGAUAGAUUUCCCAGAGCUGGUAAAGAGAAAACAUGCACUUAUCAAGCAGCGAACAGAUAUGUUAGAGAUGAUAGGACCCAUAAAUAUACACCACCCAGCUAUGUCACCACACAUAGAGCUGAGUGGGUCCCAUUACAAGCUUCUUGGUGUCGACCUCAGCCAGACAAACACUGUGGAGGCGGUCCUACGGCUGUGUGGCGCUGACCUUGACACGCCCACCCUGCUAAUGUCGGAGUGUGUGCUCACCUACAUGACCCGACGCUGCUCUUCAGCCCUUGUGAAGUGGGCGUCGGAGACUUUCACAAAUGUAGCAUUCGUCUUGUAUGAGCAGAUAAAUCCGAAUGAUACAUUUGGCUUAUUUAUGCAGAACCACUACAUCACCAUUGGCUCCCCCCUGAAGUGUAUCAACCACUUCCCUACUCUGAUAUCACAGGUUGAACGCUUCAUAAAACUGGGCUGGGAAAAGGUAAGAGCUCUGGACCUGAACCAGUUUUACAGCUCUGUUCUGGAGUCUUCAGAGCGGGCUCGUGUUGAGAGACUCGAGAUGUUUGAUGAAUACGAGGAGCUCCAUCUCAAGGGCUCCCACUACUUCAUCCUCACGGCUCACAACGGGACCUGUCCACCACUCCUUCCAGGCGGAGAUGACGCUCAAGAAAAAACAACACUGUAUGAGGAUUGCACCAGCCUGUCAUUUCCUCCCCUGCAAAAUACUUCACUAAGAAGGUUUGGUCAUGUGACCAGCUGUGUGACCUCCCCACAGGGCGGAGCGUGUGCACUCACAGUGGGUGGGUUUGGGGAGCAGGAAGGCAGGCACAUGCGGGUGUCAGAAAUGGUUGCCCUGGAUACUGCGUCCAUGGAAACACAAACGGUGUUCCCCGACCAGGACAACAAACAUGUUGAAGUGAGCAGAAUGCAUGCAACUGUUACUCGUUUACAAGAUGGCAGCCUGUUGUUGAUCGGUGGUCGACUGUCACCCAUGAAACUCUGCAGUCAAAUUGUUACCAUUGAAACCAGACAUUCUGUGUUGCCAUCAUGUGUGCAGUGUGGAGAUGUUGACACAAAACAGUCUGAUGACACUAUGAUACCUUCUGAAAGCUGUGAUAACGAUGUUUAUCUGAAUUUGGUUUCUGGCUCAAAAAAUACAGACAACUGUCAUGGUGUCAUAAUGACUGGGCAAAGCAAUUGUGAUAUUGACAGUAAUCAUGACAGUGGAGCAAAUAACGAAGUUGCAAAUGUGACUCAAGAUAGGAAGUUUAGGCUUGACGCACAUUGUACUGUGGUUCCCGUGGCAGCUGGAGAUGUGCCAUGCCCUAGAUGGCGCCACUCUGCUGUUGCCGUCCAAUAUCAAGGUGAGGAGGUAGUGCUGAUAUUUGGAGGAAGAACUCAGUCAUAUCUGGGCUUGAACGACUGCUGGCUCUACUCUCCACGCAACAACCACUGGACACAGCUGUCCACAAAGGGCCCCCAGUUGGUUCUCUGCCACUCGCACACUGCCAGUGUGUGGAACCGGUACAUGGUGGUGGCAGGUGGUCUCCACGACAACACCACGCCCUUGAACUCUGUCCACUUGCUGGACCUUGAGACAGUAACAUGGUCCCUGCUGACCAAUCAAAUACAGGGGAGGUACUCUCACACGGCACAUGUUAUUGGUGAUUUCCUUGUGCUGAUCGGAGGUGUGGGAGUGUCACAUACACUCCCGGGAGUGGCCAUUGUUCAUCUCCCAACAGGAAGCACUGGGGAGUUCACGCUUCCGGCAAUGGAAAGAGAUCAGCUUGUGAUGUUACAUCGGCACACCAGUCUCCCGUUAGAAGACAAUAAGUUCCUUAUUCUUGGUGGCGGGGGGAACUGCUUCUCCUUUGGCACUCAUCUCAAUACCACUCCCGUUAUCCUUGACAUUUCCAAGGCCUGGAUGGUUAUGAAGGACCGAGUCCAAAGAUGCGUAAAUCAGAACUCAUUAGGACAUAACCCUGAUGUCUUACCCCAUGUUGCCUGUCUUCCAAAGGAUAAAAAAUAAAUAAAAUUAAUUUUUAAAACUGGGUUUCUUGUGAUUCUUAUUAUUCAUCUGUUCAAUACAUCCUCUUUGAUUUGAUUGUUUUAAAGAAAUUAUUUUGGAUUGAUUUUUAAUGACAAUGUUUAGAAACCCAAUACAUUCUAACAGGGCAUUUUGCUUGCUUUCUACAAAGAAGAAAAGGAAGUGCUAAGAUAUCUUCAAAAAUUGUGAACAGAGCCUUAUAAUUUUGUCAGUAAUUGUGUUGAAAUUGAGUACAGUUUUACCAUAAAUAGAAUGAAUAGCCCAAAUUGUCACAAACUUACCAUUUUGAUGUAAUGGAAUGAUACAAAAACUAAUGUAUAUUAUUUGACUGCACUGAAAAAAUGUCUGUAUAGAUAUCUAUAGUUAACAUGCAAGCGAGCAGUGAUGAUAGAAAUGCCAUUUGCCCAUCUGUUGUGCUGUCUGUAACACUUUUGUGACUACUUCAUUUCUCUUAUACCCUUUGAUAGAUUUCAAGGGCAUUUUGACGAAGAGCAGAAUAAAAGAGUAAGUCAUGCCAGCUCAAGAAGAAUUCAAAUCAGGAAUUCACACAAAUGGUUAAAUGUAUGCACAUUCAAAGAAAGAUCAUGUAUUUAUUUGUCAAUAAACAGCAUUUUACCACA